AUGUCCUCCUUAACUAAAUUGUUACAGGAAAAGAAGAAUGAACAUUCCUCAGAAAGUAAUUCUUCAUUAGCUACCAUUAGUGAAACUAAAAACCCACAACAUAUAAAUGAUUUGGGUCCAGGGAAUGUUAAAGUUACAAGAAAUGGUCCUACCAUUUUACGUACAACCUCCAGAACUUUAGAUCUGGGACAAACUCAACCUAGAAGAACUACAACAAGCGUGACUACAGUUACUCAGAUUGAUUCUGAAGAUGAUGCACAUCAUGGCAGUGUUGAUUCAAAUUUGACAAAUAAUAGCAAUAAUAAUAAUAAUAAUAAUAAUGCAAACAAUACACCAACUGUGUCUUCAAGUUUUUUGAAUGCCAAUUUUGCGCAUACAGCCUCCUUAUAUACUUCCAACACAGGAUCAUUUAUUGAUAAUAAUUAUAAUAACUCAAUCUCCGGCAACCAAUCUACAUCGUAUUCUAAUAACGGGUAUCCAAUAAGAAGAGAUUCCCUAAGGUCUAGUAAUAGUAUAUCCAACGGUAGAAAUAUCCCUUCACUAUCCUCAAGUAUUCCUUACUCUGUACCGAAUUCAAAUAAAGAUAGCACACAUGGUUUAAACUCCCACGGCUCAAAUAAUUCUUCAUUGACCUCUUCAUGGUUGGAAGUCUAUGGGAGUAGCCUUCCAAAGAAUAUAUCUGCAAUUGAUUCUAAUAUUAUUUCAUCACCACAAGUUGAUUCUGUAGAACCACGUUUUGUAAUUUCAAAACAAAAAUUACAAAGUGCAUCGCAAAGCAACCUACAACAGGCAAAUGGAAAUUCUGUAUCUAGAUCAAACUCAUUUUCAUCUCAAUUUGGUAGCAUGUUUUUCUCAAAACCUACGAAAGACAAACAAGGUUCUCCUCAUUAUUAUGAUAAUAAUAAUAAUAAUAAUAAUAAUAAUAAUAAUAAUAAUACAACUAGUAAUCCAACAAAUGGUCAUACACCACACAACUCAGUCGGUGGUAGUUCUAGCAAUGGAACUGCCAUACCAAAGCCUACUAGAGCCAGGACUACUAGUAUCUACUCUUCCUCUCGACAACCUUCCAGUUCAUAUUCAGAAUCCACUUAUGGUUCGCCGAACGCUCAAUACGAUAAUACUAAUAGUAACCCACCUAGCCAGAGUAUACCGAGAUCUCAUCAUUCUUCAAUUUCUAAUUUAAGAUCAUUUUUCAAGAAAAGUUCAAGUAAUUUAAGCAAUGGUACUUCUCAUAUAAAUAACUCUAAUGUUACUAGUGUCCCUGUACCAAGCAACGUUUCUCACCAAACUAUUGGUACCAAUAAAUCUCCGUUCGCACCAGGUUCCUAUGGUAGUAUGAAUGGUGAGACCAUUUAUGUUGCCUCAUCGGUAAAUCAUAAUUCUUCCAGAGAGAAUCAAUUACCAUUUUCUAAACGUUAUAUUAGUACUGGCGAAGAUUUGGGUGCAGGUGCAGGAGGUUCCGUCAAGUUGAUUAAAAGAAUUACAGACAAUAAAAUCUUCGCUGUUAAAGAGUUUAGAUCUAAAUUUGAAAAUGAAACUAAAAGAGAUUAUGUGAAGAAGAUUACUUCUGAAUAUUGUAUCGGUACCACUUUGAAUCAUCCAAACAUUAUAGAAACCAUUGAAAUAACUUAUGAGAGCAACCGUAUUUUACAAGUUAUGGAAUAUUGUGAAUACGAUCUAUUCGCUAUUGUUAUGAGUAACAAAAUGUCAUACGAGGAGAUAUGCUGUAGUUUUAAACAAAUAUUAACUGGUAUCCAAUAUUUACAUAGUAUUGGAUUAGCACACAGAGAUUUGAAAUUGGAUAAUUGUGUUAUAAAUAAAGAUGGUAUUGUAAAAUUGAUUGACUUUGGUGCAGCUGUAGUAUUUUCUUAUCCAUUUUCAAAAACUCUAGUUGAAUCUAGUGGUAUUGUUGGCAGUGAUCCAUAUUUAGCACCGGAAGUCUGCAUAUUUAGCAAAUACGAUCCUCGUCCUGUUGAUAUUUGGUCUUCUGCUAUCAUAUUCGCUUGCAUGAUGUUGAAGAAAUUUCCUUGGAAGAUUCCGAAAUUAAGGGAUAACUCAUUCAAAUUGUUCUGUUCUGGUAGAAAUUGUGAUUCCCUAAGUGCACUGGUAACAAGAACUCCAGACCCACCAUCCUAUGAUAAUGUUAAGCAACCUGACUCUGAAAAGAAAUCUUCUUUUAACAACUCUGCCGAUCCUAACAACUUAAACAUCGGACCACAAAGACUAUUACAUUCGUUACCGGAAGAAUCUCAACAUAUUAUUGGUAAAAUGGUAGACAUGGCCCCUGCUUGUAGAGCUAACAUCGAUGAAAUCAUGGAAGAUCCAUGGGUUGUCAGUAUUGAUAUGUGUUCAGUUGUUGAAAAUGAAUCUAGAACAAACGUUAUUAGCGCUUCUGAUCAUACACAUACACAAGUCGACCAAAGUGAAGCCCAUAUUGCAGGCCUAGAGAAGAAGAAGAAAGAGAAAAAUGCAGCUACAACAAAUAACACUACUAAGCAACAUCAUUGA